AUGUCGACUAAGAAAAAUCGCAAAAGCCGCACCAAAAGGCAGGAAAAGCCACCUUACAGUUACAUAGCUUUGAUCGCUAUGGCAAUUCAGAAGCGACCGGACAAAAGGGCAACACUGGCGGAAAUCUAUACUUUUCUACAAGAACAUUUCGAUUUCUUUCGAGGCGAAUAUGUGGGCUGGAGAAAUUCCAUCAGGCACAAUCUCUCAUUAAAUGAUUGUUUUGUGAAAUUGCCAAAAGAGGCUGGGGAAAGGGGUCGCAAAGGCCAUAAAUGGACGAUCUCGGACAACUGUGAAUUCCUCCUGGAAGAAGGUGCAUUCAGACGACGUCCACGUGGUUACAAAGCCAGAAAACGACCCAUGUAUGGACAGUUCACUCAGGUAACUUUCAAAAUCAUAUUAUGUGAAGCUUCUGCUAGUUUCCGUGUACUCUCGGUCACAUAUGGUCAUGCACUUGUGUCUCGCGAUGCACCAGACGUCUAUAGUGACUGGGCAACAGAUGUGGAACUUGCUUUUGUUAAUGGCGCACGGGGAAGUGAGGGUGGGGGAAGGGAGAAAAUGGAAAGUAGGGGGUGGGAGGGAGCACAAAAUUUUGAAAAUAUAUCCACUGCAAUCUUGAUUGCUUGA